CCCAAGUCCCAACGCCUUCGGGCCUUCCUUCUUCUGUUUCUGUCCUCAGAUCACCACCCACCAUGAGUCCAUGACCACCAUGUCUUCAGGUCAACACCCCACCAACAUCACAUUCUUUCCAAUCACUGAAAACACCUUAGUUCAAUUAAAAAUUCAGAUCAUGGAAGACAUUCAAGUUUGAGUAAUCAAGGUUGAUCAAUGUAAUGCGUGGGUACUCUUUUUCCUCUGUUCAUGGAUUAUUGAUGACCGAAAAAGGCAAAACGAAGUGGCAGAUUUGCAGCGAAGGCAAUCUGAGCAUGCUGCUGCUAUAUCUAUGUAGACUACCAGGUGUUAUUAUGUAUUCAACUGUGGUUCUUGAAAUCAUGGAUUACUUGGUAGUUACAUAUUUUGUUCUUUUCAAGUGUCGUCGUUCUUACACCCGAAUGCACACCAGUUUGGUGGCAUUACCAUGUCUGGCAACACUGAGUUUAGGAGUAAGGAUCAUCAUUGUUGCAGCUGGUGGGAGACAUUCUUUAACUGUCAGAUAUAGGACAGGCGUGGGGUUGGGUCUAUUGGAGGAGAAAGGCAACUAGGUUUGGGAUCACGGAUCCUUAUGACAAAGGGGUCUCCUCAAUUGUUCCACAUGGAAGCAUGAGCUCUGACAUACCUAAUUACGAUGUCCCCGACGCCGCUUACAUAACAGGUACACAUUUGAUUGUUAUUCAUGUUUACUGCACUGAAAAGCAUAAAAUUUCUUCCUCUUUAGUUUAUCCUGGAGGUGGGAGGAGAAUUCCACCUCUUUUUAAAGUGUGUUCUUUUACAAAGCUCGGAAUACAUGCCAGACUAAUUGCAAUCAGGUUCUGGAGUGACUGGCAGUGGUGGAUGAGUGGAAGAAGGCUUAUGGACAAGUACCCUAGGUUGCAAAAGUCCUUUCUAUUUUAUACCGGCUGUCUCUAGAAAUUUUGAGUUCAACCCAAGUAACACGUGCAGUGCACGUGCGCAAAGUCUACAAUAUUCCAUCUAUAUGGGUAGGUGAUAACCGGAACAAAGAGAACUUGAUUAGAUAGGUUGGUUGGCAUGUAUAGUUGCUAGUUUAAUUAUAAAAAGGGGAAUUUUGGUUGACAAAGGGAGAUAUAAAAUUUAGAAACCCACUCGAGAGUUCAAGUUGCUUAUUUCUCUUUCUUUUCUUACUGAAACACACAUAAAAUCAAAUCUAACACAAACUUUUUAGAUCACUUUUUCCAUAUUUGCAUGGCCGCUAAUUUGAAGAAUCCAGGAGGGUUUUUGAUCAGUUCAGCCAAGAAAUUUGUUCAUCAGAUCUGGAGUAACAAUCCUUCAUCACCUUCCACUACCAUUUUCUGGAGGAGGUCGUACGUAGCGGGAUCAGUGUAUGACAAGAACGUGGAUGACCAGGUUCGUCCAACUGUAGAACCAGAGGGUGUUGUCGAGGCUUCGGCAGACAAGUACUGGGGACCGAAUCCGCGCACAGGAGUUUUUGGGCCGGCAAGUCAGGAAGGUGGCAAUGAGGGCAUCAAGCUGCAACAAGGAAAUGGUGGUGGUGAGAGUGCUGAAUCGGUGUUGGGACAGAAGGCGAGGUUUCGAUCACUUGAGGACAUUGAGAAGCCCCAAGCAAAUUAGCUCAUCUUAAUUAUGUUUAAGACUUUAAGUAAUACAAAAAUGAGAUCAAAGAAGUCUUAAGAAGGAUGAUUAAUAUAUGUAAUGUAAUGUAUCCUUGCUUAAUAUUAGUAAAGAUUGUCAUAAGGUCAUAAUGGGUUCUUCUGCCCAUCUUAACCACCGGUAAAAGGGUAUUCAUAUUGUCAUCACUAGUAUUUGGCACGUGCAUACGCACGUUCAAACAGCUCAAAUUACUAUUAUAUCCAUCACGUUUG